GCUGAGUCUGACGGCUGUGGUGCGAGAGGGGCGACACAGGGGGUGUGCUGACAACAACAGACAUCUGUGUGCCUCACAUUACCCUGCCCCUGACACCCCCCACCACCCCCUUUCCAUUCCACUGCACUCCUGCAGCAUGUGUAUAAUCGAUGUAUUUAAAGUGGUGUUGCCAUGAACUGCUGAAGGUCUGGAAGUGGGACUGACACAGAGCUGGGCCAUAAGUGUGCAGUAGCGUUGGAGGCUGCUGAGUGCCUGUGUGGUGCGAAGAUUGUGACACCACGGAGGGGAUUCACACACACUCACACCCGCACGCACGCACGCACACACACACUUGCACUUUGUGGAGCCUGUGGAUUUAGUUGCUCUGGAGGCUGGCUGGCUGUUGGAGGAUGGUGCUGCCGUGUGGGUGCGUUUGGAGGACUUGGCUGCUCCUGACGGGACUGGACCUGCUGCACCUCAGGACUGAGGCGAACAUGCUGGGAACCAUGCUGCUUAGGAACUCUGGGAAAAUUCCAGUGGACAGCCGCCGGGAGGAAAGUGGGAACACUGCCCCCGCCCUGCCCCAGCGCCUGCUCUGGUGCUACUGUUACCACCACUGCCCUGAGGACUCCACCAACAACACCUGCAGGACGGAUGGAUAUUGCUUCACUAUGGUGGAGGAGGAGGAGGGUGGGGUACCUGUCCUCACUGCGGGCUGCCUUGGGCUGGUGGGCUUUGAAUUCCAGUGCAGAGACACGGGGAAUGCUCGCCAGAGGAGAACACUGGAGUGCUGUACAGACGAGGACUACUGCAACAGAGACCUGCACCCCACCCUGCCGCCACUCAAGACCCCCAAUUAUGUGGACAGCAGUAUCCAUCACAUGGCUCUGCUCAUCUCUGUGACUGUCUGCAGUCUCAUCCUUGCCCUAAUUAUCAUUUUCUGUUACUUCAGAUACAAGCGGCAGGAGUUGCGGCCACGCUACAGCAUCGGUUUGGAGCAGGAUGAGACUUACAUCCCUGCUGGAGAGUCACUGAAGGACCUGAUUGAACAGUCACAGAGCUCUGGCAGUGGCUCUGGCCUCCCCCUGCUGGUCCAGCGGACGAUUGCCAAGCAGAUCCAGAUGGUGAAGCAGAUCGGGAAGGGCCGCUACGGGGAGGUGUGGAUGGGCAAGUGGCGCGGGGAGAGGGUGGCUGUCAAGGUCUUCUUCACCACUGAGGAGGCCAGCUGGUUCCGGGAGACAGAGAUCUACCAGACCGUUCUGAUGAGACACGAGAACAUUCUGGGCUUCAUUGCGGCAGACAUUAAGGGCACGGGCUCAUGGACGCAGCUGUACCUGAUCACAGACUACCACGAGAGCGGCUCCCUGUAUGACUACCUCAAGUCCACCACGCUGGAUACCCGGGCCAUGCUGCGGCUGGCCUACUCAUCCGUCUCCGGCCUCUGCCACCUGCACACGGAGAUCUUCGGCACGCAGGGCAAGCCCGCCAUCGCCCACCGCGACCUCAAGAGCAAGAACAUCCUGGUGAAGAAGAACGGUGCCUGCUGCAUCGCCGACCUGGGGCUCGCCGUCAAGUUCAUCAGUGACACAAACGAAGUGGACAUUCCCCCCAACACUCGGGUGGGCACCAAGCGCUACAUGCCCCCCGAGGUUCUGGACGAGAGCCUGAACCGGAACCACUUCCAGUCCUACAUCAUGGCGGACAUGUACAGCCUGGGUCUGAUCCUGUGGGAGAUCGCCCGCAGAUGUGUCUCAGGAGGUAUAGUAGAAGAGUACCAGCUGCCGUACCAUGACCUGGUGCCCUCCGACCCCUCCUAUGAAGACAUGAGGGAGGUGGUUUGCAUCAAGAGGCUGAGGCCUUCCUUCCCUAACCGCUGGAGCAGCGACGAGUGCCUGAGGCAGAUGGGGAAGUUGAUGACAGAGUGCUGGGCUCACGGCCCCGCCUCCCGCCUCACCGCGCUGCGGGUGAAGAAGACCCUGGCCAAGAUGUCUGAGUCUCAGGACAUCAAGCUGUGAGGAGGGCUGAGCGCGAGCACCAGCUGGCACGCGGAGACCAUGCGGAGACCACGCAUCAGGAGCUGCACCGGUUGCCAUGGCCCCUCGGGACACGCCCGGAGAGGGAAGGGGAGGGGCCUCGUUGCUCACGGGAAGGAAGAAGAAACCGUUUGGGAACCGAUCAGCAAUUCACCUGGGUGUGCACCUUCAGCGGUCACGCCUCACCUGCCCUUUCAGUGUUGCCUUUCUGCUGGAAAGCCGUGGACACAGACGCGCUUGCAGGCAGAGAUGGCUGUGCUUUGCUUUCUGUGAAAGCUUUAGGAGCCUCAGGCAGAGGCCAGCAGGCAGGGAGAUGUGGGUGUGACCGCGCCCCCUGCAGCAGCAGGUAUGUAACUCCCUCCAAGAGCCAAAUGGGAGGAGAGAAUCAGCUCUGACAAUCGG